ACAGUCGUGCAAGGCCCUAUAUACCAGGUAGGGUCGUCCGGCGAUUCUACCUUUUCGUGACGUCAGCUCGUGACGUAAUUUGGAGUCAAGUCUCGAAGCCCCGUUCAAUCCCCAUGUAAAUGAGCGAUUUUCGAAGCACUGUAGAAUGAAGUCUGCACAAGAUAUAUCAAACCUAAGUAUCUUAUCUGAAAGAGCAGACAAUUUUCUGCAAGUCAUCUAUUACGUGUUUUUCGCUAAAUCUUUUGCUUUUUUCACAAAAGCGUAAAAUGUCCCCCCAUGUCUCCGCAGCCUCCCUGCCGCCGACCGCCGCGCGGUCGCGGUAGUGUAGUGGUUAGCGUGCCCGCGCAGUAUUCCAAAGGUCCCGAGUUCGAAUCUAUGCGGUGCGGAACUUUAAUUGCAAUUCCAAGCUGAAUAUACGCACGUCGCACAUCCAUAAUAAAUUAUUAUUCGUAUAGCUAAACUGUCACCAAGCUAUCCAUAUAAAUUGACUUCACCCAAAAUAUCGGCAAGAUUCUAUUAAAAUAUAAAUUCAAAUAUGGCGGCUUGGACUGCCGCGUGCGUUAGGCUCCGCCCAUAGCUCCGCCCACAUGCGUGACGUCAUUCGUGUUAGUGGACACGCAGAGAGAUAGGGGACGACAUGGGCCUGCAGUCGUGGAGCGAUUGCGGCGAUUGCAUUUAUUGCAUUUAUAGUGGCAUUUAUUGAGAAAAAAUAUUUUGGAGGACAGGUUUGAUAGAAAAGGGGGAUUUUGAAUGCACAAAGUUGCUGGCGUCGCGAUUGGAAUCAAUGUCGUCUCAGCAAAACGCAGGUGUGGAGCUUUGCAGCUUUUUCAUCUUUAAUUCAACCUUUGGACCCCGGGAGGGUGAGGAGGAGAACAAAAUCAUAUACUACCACCCACCCUCAGUCGACAUCAACAGCAAGGUCAAAGAUGUCGGCCUGGUCGAAGCACUGGUGCAGUUUUCGAGAACAUUCAACAGUGAAUCUCCUCUACUCAGCAUGCAAACGCUGAAGCAAAAGCACUUCUUCUUGGAACCAGAGAAAGACUUCUUCAUGACUCUGGUGGUGCGCCAGCCGGUCGAGGAGGUCACCAGAAACAACUCUCCGUACAAGGAGUACACCCCGGAGGCCGUACAGCAGUCGGUGUACCUCUCCGUGCUGCGACACAUGUACCAGAUGUACCGGCUGCUGCGCGGUACACUGGCGGCCCAGAGCCGCGACGAGCUGGUACGCAGCACUGCGGAGAUAUUCGACAGCUACGUGCCGGUGCUGCGGCUCCAGCAGCGCGACAUUCGAGACGUCUACGGCGGCGUCCGCUUCCUCUCGCUGGAUCGACUCGCCUUCCUGAAGCUGCAGAGCUUCGUCAACCAGCUGGAGGUGCUACACCCCUUCAUCCGACACUCGGUCAUCUACUACAAACAGCAUCUCAUCUGGUCGGGCCUGGGUAAGACCAACAUGGGCAUCAUCCACUGGUACCUGGAGACGGUGCUGUUUCCCGAGUGUGGUCCCGAACGGCCGGCCGUCUGGAAGGAACGCACCGCACCCACCAGCGGAGUCUUCAUGUCCACCGAGGCAUCCGGUGACGGCACGGAUUCGUUCCUGGCGCCGCCUAUCGUCCACCUGCGGAAGCACAACUGCACAGCUCUGCCGCUGGGCGGCGCUGCGGACGGCUGCAGCAGGGACGGGGAUGACAGUUGGAACGGUGGCGAUCCGGUGGAGGCGACGGACGAGCGGGCUCAGCUGGUGCUCUACCGACUGAGAGACGUGGUGGUCGUCCUACUGGUGGACCUGGAGGUGCGCCUCACUCUGCCCCUCUGCCGGGAGCUGGAUGCCUCGAUGGCUGGACCCGUUCAGGAGCUCUCCACUCUACUGAGUAGCGCCAUCAACGACGACAAGUCGUCGGGCAAAGACGACGGAGACACGAAACUGAUCUACUAUAACCGGUGUAACCGCGCUCAGAAGAGCAGCCUGCACGGCCCGACGGCCGCCUCUGUGCCGUCGGACGCCCUCCAGCUGAUGGUCGACCUCAGAGAGGACGCGCUCAGGUUCCAGGGUGACGGCGGCGCGAUCUUCGGUCGGGCCAUGAACGAGACCUGGGUGGCCGGCCGGGUCAACCCCAAUAGGGAGUUCUUCUCCGUGGUCCAACAGAAGAAUAUGAACCUUAUGGACGUCAACAAUGAGAUGGAGCAGCUAUGUAAGGACCAGUUUAGUACAAUCUUCUUCCCGGCAUGAGCCACCUGUGCCCACCGAGCUCCUGCAAGUGGCGACUCUAUCAACAAGGUCCGGCUGGUCAUCCACCGAGUCUGAUCAAAGGCAACAGUGUCUGCUAUGUCUCUACAAUAGCGACGAUGCCUACCGAGGAAUGACUGACGACACAAAGUCAAUGCAAGGGAGACAAAUUAGAGGAGCACAUACACAGGAAGAGGAGUAGCCGGGACCUCUCAGCUCCUGAACGUCUUCCCAGUCUCCUUGAGAAUCUGCUGAGUUUGUCGUAGAGCUGGGGUCUACUAUCGGACACUGUCCAACAGCCCGACAGUCCUAUGACACAUCAACAACUACCGAAUAUUGACCUGAUAGCUCGAACUCACCCAUUCUGUCUCGGCCUCGAGUGUCGGUUAUCUCUGGCUGAGAGAGGGAGGGAGACGAUGGUAGCGCUGUCUCCUGUUCGUAAUGACCCGCUAUAUGAGCAUCGGUGAUGCUGUGCCUAUGAAGAGGUAUACGCAAACUUUGGCACAGGUCUGCUGUGAUCAGCUGGAGAGACAUGUAAACUUAUGAACUGCACUGCGACUAUGUGAAGGAUAGAUAGACAAACCACUAGCGCUGAUCCGAGGUUUACCAUGAAGUCGUUGCACGGCGCUGGUUCGCUGUUAAUGGAGACAGACACGAAUACGACAGCUGAUACCGAGUGUUUGCAUUAUCUACACGGCUGUGGGAUGUGGGUGCUGGUGCGAUGAUAUGAUGUUUUACCCAGGCGGUGCUGCUGAUACACCGUUCGGGACUUAUAUCUUGCACACAAUGCGAGGACAGUGUAAUGUGUCUUGUGCCCGAUUCCUGAACGUGUGCUUGUAUCAUUUGCACAUUGUAAUUUAUGUGGCAUUGUAAUCUGUCGCUUUGGUUGUAUGUUUCAUACCCACAAUCCUGAAAAUGUAUGGGAAAAUACUGUGAUAUGACGUAUACCUCUGUAGCUCAUAAUACAGAUUAAUCAUCGAAAGA